CUCCUGCCCGCUCCUCGCCGCGCCCGCGCCCCCCGCGCGCUCCCCGCCCGCCUUCGGAUGCUCAGCCGCCCAGGUGGACAGCAUGAAAGAGGACGUGGUCCCCAACGCCACCCACGAGGAGCAGCCGGGCUGGUUCGUGCCGGACAACCACAGCGCCGACGGCUCCUUGUACCUCUCGGAGGCAGCGCCUCUGCCCUUGAACCCGUGGGACGUGGUGCUUUGUGUCUCCGGGACCAUCAUCUCCUGCGAGAACGCCAUCGUGGUGGCCAUCAUCUUCUACACGACGGCCUUCCGGACGCCGAUGUUCCUGCUGAUCGGGAGCCUGGCCUCGGCGGACCUCCUGGCCGGCCUGGGCCUGGUCUUCCACUUUGCCUUUGUCUACUGCGUCCGGAGCCAGGUGGUGAACCUGCUCACGGUGGGCCUGCUGGUCUGCUCCUUCGCGGCCAGCGUGGGCAGCCUCCUGGCCAUCACCAUUGACCGCUACCUGUCCCUCUACAACGCGCUGACCUACUACUCGGAGCGGACCGUCACCCGGACGUACGCGAUGCUGCUCCUGACCUGGGGGGUCUCCGUCGGCUUCGGGGCGCUGCCCGUCCUGGGCUGGAACUGCCUGGAGGACCAGUCCAGCUGCAGCGUGGUCAGGCCCUUGACCAAGAACCACCUGGUCAUCCUGUCCAUCUCCUUCUUCAUGAUCUUCGCCGUGAUGCUGCAGCUCUACGUGCAGAUCUGCAAGAUCGUCUGCCGGCACGCCCAGCAGAUCGCCCUGCAGAGACACUUCCUGGCCCCCUCGCACGACGUGGCCACGCGCAAGGGCAUCUCCACGCUGGCCCUCAUCCUGGGCACCUUCGCCUCGUGCUGGCUGCCCUUCGCCAUCUACUGCCUCCUCGGAGACUACACCUACCCGGCCCUCUACACCUACGUGACCGUGCUCCCCGCCACCUACAACUCCAUGAUCAACCCCCUCAUCUACGCCUUCCGGAACCAGGAGAUCCAGAAGGUCCUCUGGACUAUCUGCUGCGGGUGCGUCUCCCCGACCGUGCCGUUCCGGUCCAGGUCUCCCAGCGACGUCUGAAUCACACCUGUCGCCACCUUCUUGCAACCUGUGCUUUGAAUGAGAUUUUCCUGCUUCUCGCAGGGGGUUGGACUAGAUGGCCCGUGAGGUCUCUUCCAACUCUACGAUUCUAUGAUUCUCUCUGUUCCCUCAAAGACCUGCGUUGCAAAUACAGUAGAGUCUCACUUAUCCAACAGAACGUUGGAUAAGCAAAUAGGUUUUUUUUUCGUGUCAGGAGCAACCAGAGUUGCUUCUGCAGUGGAGCCUCCGGUGGCCUAGGGGAUAAAAGCCUCAGGACUUGAAGGUUGGGCUGCUGACCUGAAGGCUGCCAGGUUCGAAUCCCACCCGGGGAGAGCGCGGAUGAGCUCCCUCUCUCAGCUCCAUGCGGGGACAUGAGAGAAGCCUCCCACAAGGAUGGUAAAACAUCUGGGCAACAUCCGCUGGGCAACGUCCUUGCAGACGGCCAAUUCUCUCACUCCAGAAGCGACAAGCAAAUAGGUAAAGGUAAAGGUUUUCCCCUGACGUUAAGUCCAGUCAUGUCUGACUCUGGGGGUUGGUGCUCAUCUCCAUUUCUAAGCUGAAGAGCCGGCGUUGUCCAUAGACACCUCCAAGGUCAUGUGGCCACUGGCAUGACUGCAUGGAGCGCCAUUACCUUCCUGCCAGAGCAGUACCUAUUGAUCUACUCACACUCUGGGGGUUGGUGCUCAUCUCCAUUUCUAAGCUGAAGAGCUGCCGUUGUCCAUAGGCACCUCCAAGGUCAUGUGGCCACUGGCAGUCGCAUGGAGCGUUGUUACCUUCCCGCCGCAGCAGUACCUAUUUAUCUACUCACACUCUGGGGGUUGGUGCUCAUCUCCAUGUCUAAGGCGAAGAGCCAGCAUUGUCCGUAGACACCUCCAAGGUCAUGUGACUGCAUGGAGCGCUGUUACCUUCCCACCGGAGGAGUACCUAUUGAUCUACUCACAUUUGCAUGUGUUCGAACUGCUAGGUUGGCAGGAGCUGGGGCUAACAGCAGGCGCUCACUCCGCUCCCAGGAUUAGAAUCUGGGACCUUUCAGUCUGCAAGUUCAGCAGCUCAGCGCUUGAACAUACUUCACCACUGAGGCUCCUUAGGAUAAGCGAAUAUGUUGGAUAAUAAGGAGGGAUUAAGGAAAAGCCUAUUAAACAUCAAAUUAGCUUAUGAUUUUACAAAUUAAGCACCAAAACAUCAUGUUAUACAACAAAUUUGACAGAAAAAGCAGUUCAAUACGCAGUAAUGCUAUGUAGUAAUUACUGUAUUUACAAAUUUAGCACCAAAAUAUCAUGAUAUAUUGAAAACAUUGACUACAAAAAUACAUUGGAUAAUCCAGAAUGUUGGAUAAGUGAAACUCUACUGUAGCGUUUAUCUUUGUAAUUUGCACAAUCCCUGGAAACUCCGACCAGCCCCCUUUCCUCGUUUCUUCCUCCAUCCCUGUUGUAGGUCUAGUCUUUAUUUAUUUCCGCUUCCAGAGGAAAAACAAAACAUUGCAUUUUUUGUGUUGUCGAAGAAGCGUUUCAUGGCUGGAAUCACUAGGUUGCUGUGAGUUUUCCGGGCUGUCUGGCCAUGUUCCAGAAGCAUUCUCUCCUGAUGCUUCAUCCACAUCUA